AUGUCAACCACCAGAAGAAAAGGGCGAAAUCGGUCUAGCCAAGACAGCUCGGGUGAAGAUACAGAGAAGGCGUCACCGUCAGCACCACCGGCCCCCAUCCCGAAGGAUCCCAACCUAGUCGAACGGAACGGCCCCAACGAUCCUGAGAAUCCACAGAACUUUGCGCCAGCCAAGAAAUGGCUCAUCACGGUGUUAUUCAGUUCGAUGACAAUGUGGGUGACAUUUUCCAGUAGCAUUUUCAGCGCUGCCGUUGAAGUCAUCGCGAAGGAAUACAAUGUUUCCAAUGAGGUGACGACGUUGGGAACAAGCUUGACCCUUUUGGUAGACGCCUCCCUGCAGUCUUACCAACAUCCGAAGAUCGUCCGAGGACAUGCCUUAAUGUGCACUUCACUCUGUAGGGAUUUGCUCUAG